CUUUUUACUUUCACUCCUUUAACCAAACAUCGUGAAGCAAAAUGGCUACCCCUUCCCGCACCGGCGCCACUACGCAUCUCGGAUCGGUCCGUCUUGCUCGGUAAAAAUCCAAGGCAAUCGCUAUCAUGAAAGGUUCAAAACACGCGGGAGCGGUCCACCGCCGGCCGCCCGUCUUCUAUAACCUUCAUCAUCGGCCGGCAGGUCAAGGGGCUCGAGACUUGUCGUCGUCUGCAACUUCUAAUAGCUUUUAUGUUCUUUCUUGCUGUGAUGUUCAAGUCAGACGUUGUUCGCACCUGCGUCAUCAUCAUAAGUGGGGGGGAGGGAGGAACGGGAGGUCGCGAUCGUCUCUUUUCCCUCUUUUUCCCGCUUUUAUUAUCGUAUUCAUCUCGGCAAUUAUUUGUUUCCCAGUUCGACUCGGAAAUUGUUGCGGCUAUAUGUGGAAGGAAUUUAUAGAAACUUUCAGAAGGGUUGAACUCUCUCGUCGCAGUUUACAGAGUUUCGUUUUGACUCGGCUCGCGAGGGGGCAUGACGACUAAGAUUGUGGCAGACGACAGCGGUGGUAGGGCCAGCCGCUUAUAUCGUCAGGGCAACGAGUGGUUUUGUAGUACCAGUCUUAAGAGUGAUAUUGCUAUUGAAGUUGAGGGAACACUUUUUCAUCUUCACAAGUUUCCUCUUAUCUCAAAAUGUGGGAAGAUUGCACGAAUAAUAAAAGGUUUGCAAGAUGCAAAGGAUGACGUGCAUACAUUAUUGAACGGAUGUCCUGCAGGGUCUGAUGGGUUCUUGAUUGCAGCAAGAUUUUGCUAUGAGAAUAAAGUGAUGCUUAAGCCAGAAAACAUUUUGUUGGUGUAUUUAGUUGCUGAUUUUCUUGAAAUGACAGAGGAAUAUAGCGAAGAUAAUUUAUUGAUGCAGGCAGAAAGUUUCAUUCACAGAGUAAUUCUUCGGAGCUGGAAUGAUUGCAUAUUAGCUCUUCAGAACUCUCAGAAUUAUAUUUUAGAAGCUGAAAACCUAGCAAUUGUGCAGAAGUGUCUUAAUGCUGUGUCACAGAUGGCAUGUCUGGAUCCUAGUUUGGUCAGAAAGCCUAUAUUGUAUGGAAGCUUACAGAGUCCUGGUGGAAGUAUACUCUGGAAUGGAAUAAAUACUGGAGCUAGAAUUAACAGCUCGUUAUCUGAUUGGUGGUUUGAAGACAUUUCAGUUCUAUCUUUUCCAGUGUUUAAGAAAUUUAUUGAAACUAUUAACAUGCGUGGCAUAAGAUCACUAAAUUUAUCUGGUGCACUGAUGUUCUAUACUAUGAAGCAUUUUCCUGGUCUUGAUAGGUGGCAGAAUCGGCAAGGAGCCAGGAGAGUUGGAAGUUUAUCUAUUGAUUCAGCGGCAGUUGAUCAAAAGAUUUUAAUUGAAAGCAUUGUAGAGCUCCUUCCUGAAAAUAAGGGGAAGUCUUAUUGCCGUUUCUUGUUGGGACUUUUACGUCUUGCUAUGAUACUUGGUGUUGAUUGGUCUUGCAGGGACUCUUUGGAGAGAAAAAUAGGGAUGCAGCUUGAGCUGGUGACACUGGAUAGGUUCUUUAUUCCUAAUUUCUCAGACUCUGAUCAUUUAUAUGACACCGAUUGCAUUGAGCGGAUUAUUCGGAAUUUUUUGUCAUUUCAUUCACCGAAAAUUACACCGUUUUCAGCAUCAUCAUCAUAUCCUGUCAUUCCACGAUCCUCUACUAUUUUAGAUAAGGCAACAAAAUUAAUCGAUGAUUAUCUUGCUGAGGUUGCCUCUGAUGUAAACUUGAAGCCUGAAAAGAUGCAGUCCCUUUUGGAGGUUUUCCCCGAGUACUUGCGCAAGUUAGAUGAUGGAAUUUAUAGAGCACUUGACAUCUAUUUUAAGGAGCAUCCGCAGCUUCAAGAAAACGAGAGAGAGAAGCUCUGCCGAGUCAUAAACUUUAGGAAGCUUUCAACCGAUGCUUGCAUUCAUGCAUCACAGAAUGAGAGCCUUCCACUUAGAGCUGUCCUUCAGGUUCUGUUCUCUGAGCAACAACAACUCCGUUCUACCCUUUCCAAAUUAAAUCUCAUUACACACAACGAAGAUAAUAUGACUGCUACUGCAAAUGAAAUUGCUGGAGAGUUUAUACAGAGAGAAGGCUGGGUUUCUGUUGCAAGGGAGAACCAAUACCUGAGAGUAGACAUGGAACGAAUGCAAUCUAAGGUCAGAGAGCUUGAAAAUCAUUUUAUGAUCAUAAAGAAAUAUAUGGGAAGGUUCUCCAGACGUAGCAUAUCCAGAUAACUCGGCUUUAGGCCUGCAAAUACAAAUCAUUUUAUGAUCAUAAAGAAAUUGGCGUGAGACAAUUUUGGACUGGAAACUGGAAUAAAAAAGGUAUGGAAAUGUUUGGAUCUGAUUAUAGUAACAGUCUUUCUUGUAGGCCAUCAUUUCUUUAUAGAUUACAAGUUUGGAUGUGAUAGGAAGGAAGCUGAACAGUAUUUCAUGUAGGCAUAAUUUCUGUGUUUCAGAAAAUUUUUGAUAUCUCGAUUAAGGUUUCGUUUGGGACAACUUUUGUAUUGUUUUCUAAAACGGCUUUCUAGUACAAAAUUUUUAAAUUCAAGAAAUUUUUGUACUAGAUAGCUGGUUUAGAAAGCAAGAAGAAAGUCAUAUCAAAUAAGCCUAAAUCGCUAUCUAACGAAGCCUAAAUCGCUGGUGAUAUGAACGUUAGUCUGAAUCGCUGGUAACAUGCAUUGUCCAAAUUCUUAUCCUGGACUUCUUGGUUUUUCAA